AUGGAUAUUAAAAAUAGGAAUAGAUUAUUGCUCGAUCUUAAAACUUCAUUAUUUCUUCCUCCAUUUAAUGAAGAAUUGUAUUCAACAUGUACGACAGAUCAUCAGAAAUCAAUUAGAGAAAUCUAAGAAAUUUAUAAGUGAUUACAUUUAUCAUAACUUAGACUUCGUAAUGAUCCUGAAUUAGCUGAUAAAAUUAAACCUAUUAUUUCAUUAAAAAUAAAAGAUGUUGAAAGAACUAAAAGGGUUUAAUUAGCAUAUUUAAUGCAUAGAGUAAUUUUUAUAAUAAGCAUAAUUAGAUUAAUAAAAUAUAGUCUUAGUAUUUUAUAGACUCUGGUUAAUUGAGUAAUGAUCAUUUAGAUUAACUAUCUAAAAAUGAAAAAGAUUAUUAUAAGUUUUUUGAUUAAUUAGUCAAAAGGUAUGAAAAUGAUAUUGAAACUAAAGUAAGUUAAGUAAUUAUAAUUUAUCUAUCUAUAUAUUAGAAUAUAAUACCACCAUCAGAAGUUUUUAUAGAAGUAAGAGUGAUUAAAUAAAUUGGAAAUAUAAUCACAUAAGAUGGUGAUGAACUUGAUUUAGAGGAAGGAACACAAUAAUUAGUAAAGAAAUCAGAUGUUAUCAAAUUUUUAUAAGAGGGUUCUCUUGUUCAAAUAUGA